CGAGACUUUGACACAUAGAUGUCAUUAUGGCAUAGUAGCCCUUGUCAUUUCGCACUGCACUUUGUAUUACAUUUUUAACGAGUGAACAUGUCGAACCCCCAGAGCAACGAGCCUAAAGUAGAUGCCAGCUGGAUUGGUUGGUUCGUUGGGAUGAUGGGCAACGAGUUCGUCUGCCGCGUGCCCAUCAAGUUCAUAAAGAACAGGCUCAACCUGGCGGGGCUGGAGUACUUGGAAGACACACUGAACGUGGUCCUGGAACCGUUGUUCGACAGGUCCGUGGCCUCGGUCUCCGGCCACGAGGAGAAGCUGUACGGCAUGAUCCACGCCAACUACAUUAUGACGGAGCGUGGCGUGGAAGAUAUGCGCCUGAAGUAUGAGAGGGGGGACUUCGGAGUGUGUCCGAAGUUCUACUGUAAGGGGCAGAAAGCCCUGCCAGUGGGCCUCAGCGACGAGUGGGGCCAUUCCACAGUUAAGAUCUACUGUCCAAGCUGUAGAGACGUCUUCAAGCCGCGAUCCCGUCCAAAGCUGGACGGAGCCAUGUUCGGGACCAGCUUCCCGCACCUGUUCUUCAUGGAGCUGCCGAUGUUGAGACCCCAGCCGCCCGUGGAGAAGUACGUCCCCCGUCUCCAUGGAUUCCGGUUGCACGAGUCGGCCUUUAAGCCGCUCGAUUAGCGCGAUUCCUCGCGCGAGUCCUCGCCCGAGAGUAUCGGAUCCUCGUCCGCCUCCUCCUUCCCGGAUUAACCUGGAUGUUUAACUCCACACGAUAUCUUGUUGUUGCAAUUAAACACAUUCCCCAGUGCGUUGAUAUGGCCAGCUACCACCUACUUAUACACCUCAUAUACUUAAUACACCUCAUACAUCUCAUACACUUCAUACACCUCAUACACCUUAUACACCUCAUAGACCUAUACACCUCUUACAUCUCAUACACUUAAUACACCUCAUACACUCGUACACCUUAUACCCUUACCCUGCCCUUAAUACAUGGUUCAAACUGUUCGUUUUUUCGCCAUUUUUUGCCAAUUCGGAAAAUUAGAAAAACAAAUUAUAUCACCUUAGCUCGUUAAAACGUAAAAUAUAU